GGGUUCCCACCAUUGCCGUCUCCAUCGAUUUCAUGCAAUCAAUUGAUUGAUUGAUUGACUGUCUGUGUGUGUGUGUGUCCGUCCCAGGCCCCGUUAGAGGUAAGGUCCAUCAAGCAAGACUCUUGAUGGGAACACACGAGGACGAGGUGGAAAUGGCAGGAAGCAAACACACAACACUCCAUCGCUGUCGCUGUCACCACCAUCUCAAAGGAACACUGUGACGACUGGGUCCAUGGAAACUUGGCUAACGUUUCUUCGGCUCCCCCAGCUUUAUCCGUCCGUCACGUCCCUACAGGUAGCCCCUUAUAUUAGAUACCAAAUCACGACCGAAUUAAUUCCCAAUUGCGACACCCACCCCCGUCGUCACCCUGUCUGCGCCGCGAGAUUCCAGCUGCUCGUCCCCCGGGCCCAUCUUCAACCACCCUCCACAUCACCACAGGACCUCUCGCCUUUCUCUCCCCAAACGGCGUAGCGCAGAAGCAGACUCUGGAUUGCUACCCGACCUGGACCUGGACCUGAACCUGAACCUGAACCUGGACAACCUAGCCCUGGAUCACCAUCACCUGCCCGACGACAACAACAACAACAACAACAACACCACCACCAUACCCGAGACACUUCUGCCGGGUCUUGUCUGCUUCACUGCAGAGGUCAACGACUUCUGUCGCCCAUCUACUACUACCACCGCCGCCGCUGUCGCCGGUCCUGAGCCACCAUCGGCUACUCGUUCUCCGCCACCCCAAUACCCGGCGUCCGAGUCCUCUUCAGCUGGACGACCUCCGCCCUUCUCGUCGCUCUUUGCCAGUCCAUCAGCGGACCCCGAACUUUCCAAUUCAGCAUCCGUCUUUGAACCAUUCGACGGCAAGUACGCCGCCGUUUCCGUCACCGAUUUCGAUCAUAACGACGUCGUCGACGACCCAGACGAAUUUAACGAAGUCGCAUCCUCGAAAUCUGCCGCCCCAGCUUACGCGCCGUCCGAUCCAUUUGUUGCUGUACAUUAUCCGUCAGGAGUAGGAAGCAGUAGUAGUGCUUUUGUCACCACCGCGCCUUCAACAUCGUCCCCGGGAUUCCAGCUCCAGGACGAAACCAAGCACGCGCUAAACUCUCAAAAGGAGGAUACCAAGGGCGAGUCAUCUCGCAGCAAGGAGGAAGAAGCAGAGCCGCCACCGGCAUAUUCGGAGGGAUCCAGUCCUCUCCUUUCUUUCACAUAUCUAAUGGCUGCCGCGGGAGGAGCGUCGAGUAUCAUCACUCAGGUCCAGCAGGGUGGACCGCCUAUUAAUGCCCUGGGAGAUGUCGCCCCCGAUGAGACGAUUACUAUGGACCUGCGGGGAACGCGGUUCACACUAUCACGCGAUGAGUUGCUAACGUUGCCUGAAUUUGUGCUUUUGUCCCUCUUUCCCAAUGGACUCUUUCCCGAAGGACACAUGGGUGGCUUUGGCGAGGGAGAUGCCGUACAAGUUGACUACGACCCAGCAUCCCUACAAUACAUGCUGGAGUUCUUCCGCACAGUAGCCCAGUCUAUUCCCGUAGACCCUUCCAACCCCCAAGAUGGCAGUGACGGCAUAGUACCCGUCGACCCGGCAUCCGGCGCAAGGGGCGAUGACGGUUCUAAGCGUGCUGGCAUCAUUGUGCUGCGUGAGGACCUGGAUUUCUACGCCAUCCCCCCUCGUGCUGACCUUGGUCAGGCUGAGAUGAUGGAGAUCAAGCGUGCGGCUGCUCGGGCGCUGCUUAAGCAGGACGGUAUCUUCAGCGGGCUGAAGAAGAGUGAUGAGCCGGGCACGACGGAGGCGCAUUUGAUCGAGAUGUUGACUGCUGGCGGCUUCAACCACGACGAUCGCUGGGGCCACCGUGCCGGCGAGCCUAACAAGGCCGUCAUCUGCUCCCUCGCCCUCGCCCGCCUGCGCUCCGACAUUAAGGGCAACGAGAUGGGCAGCAACGCCGUGGGCAUGGCCCAGAAGCUUCUGCUCUUCUGGCGCAAGCCUGCUCGUAGGUGCUGGUGGGAGGGUGUCGAGCUUGAGGGUGUUGAAGGCCUCGAGCCUGGCACAAAGCUCAAGGUGUGGAUCCGCAGGGUGUGGACGCUGGAGAUGAGUGUGAUUGGACUGCGUUAGGGACUCGGCAAUCUAGAGCUCAAUCAGGGUUACUAUGCACCAGGGCUAGUGGAUGGUGUGGGUGGACUCGAUGGAGUUGGAGAAGAAGUGGAAGAGGAGGAUAAGAAGGAAGAUGAGAACGAAAUCAUUGAUGGGUUAGAGGAGCUUGUGGUGAUGGGGGUGGAAGAGUAAAGAGUAAAGGCUUGCCAGGCGGGGGAAUUAUGUUUGUGCCUGGGCUUGCCUGGAUUGGUUCUUUUCUGGUGUCGGAUUGGUGUGAUUGGUUUUUGGGAGGACAGGUUACUUAGGGAAGGGAAGCAGCUCUUUCAGUUUGAUAUACCACUUGGGCUUUUUUUUUUUAUGUUACGUUCUUUGUUAGGUAGUUUGUUGUUGUUGUAGAAGUUGAAUGUUGAGAGAGAGAGAGCAAUAAGGCAAAACCGAUACGGCGUCACGUCA